CACACACACACACAAACACACGCACGCUCGCAUGCACAUACACCUGUGAGAAGAGCAGCGCGCGACGUGUGUUCUGUGGAGGACCUCUCGGCUCGUCCGGGGCUCUGACGGCACCGUGGCCGCAUGGGGGAUGUGACAUCAGAGGAACUCCUCCUCAGCCUUAUCUGUGGCUACGGCCCCUCUCCUGCAGCACCCAGACCCCAGCCUUGGGCUCGGACUGGGAGCGCUAGAGCUUUGAGCAGGAGGCACGAGGGCGGACUUGGAUCAGGCAGGCAUUAGAAACACUUCAGCUCUUCUGACAGAGGGAAAAUGUGCAAAUCCUCCUGCAGAUGCCUGGGACUUGUCAAUGAAAUACCUGUAUGUCACCAGCCAAAACCAACAGUCGUGAAAGAAUUACUGCGUUCUGAAUAUUAGUUUAAAAAAACAGAUGCUUUUUUUAACUGUCAGCAAUCUGCAGGUGUUUAAAGGGUUUUAAUGUAUUGUAAAUAAAGAAUCUGACCCGGGUCUAUGAUCCGUGCUACGGAAGGACACAGGGACUCACAACAAACUGUGAGAGCGAGGCAAUAAGGUCUCAGGGUAGUGCUCAGGUUUUGGGAGCUGGAACUCUUGUGGAAUGAGAGUGAGGGGAGCUGUAUUGGGGGAUGGGGUUAGGGUUCUGAGAGGUGGGUGCUGAGAAAGCUCUGGGUCCCCCAGGAGCCGUUGGGGAAGGGGGCCAGCCCUGGAGCUGUGCUGCAGCCUGUCUGCCAGUAGCCACUCAGACAGAGUUUUGUUCCACCGGAAUCAAAACACCCGGAGAAGGAGGCAGCACUGAACUUUGGUGGCUCUUUAAACAUGCCGCAGCUGUGGUGUUGCGUUAUAUAAGGGGAAAGGAAAAGGCCAGCGCUUGUAAAAACAGCUUCACCUCAGACCGUUCAAAACACGCCGCGAUGCCAGGUUUGUCGGGGCCGCAGUGAGGCAGGACGCGAGGGUGAUGACGUAGCCCAGCAGACAGAGCAGAAAUGUCUGGCAGCGGCGGCGUGAUCCAGCUGCUGUUGUGUGCUCUGUGUACACUCCUCUCCUUGGGCCAGCGGGGGGCGCUCCCGAGCGGAGGGGGGGGUCCCCUGAACAUCACCCUGCUCUUCGACAGCGCCUCGCACGGGGGCCACAGCUUGCGCAACUGCAGCUGUGCUUCAGAGAUCCAGGACUGCAACGACGCACUGGCCAACCUGCUGUGCAGCUGCAGGACGGUGCCUCGCUCUUCGCUGCCCCCUGCUGGCCUGGUGGUGCGUGGCGGGCUGACCGUGUGGGUGCGCGAUGCCUGGGUCCUGAGAGAGCUGCUGAACGGCAGCGCCGUGCAGGAUCUGCGCCUCUCCGCCUGCGGCCCCGCCCCCUUCUCCGCCCAGCCACUCACGCUGUUUGGCCUGCGCAGACUCCGCCUACACUCCGCCUCCCAGGACGCCACCCACCCCGAGCAGACCCUGAACAUUGCGACAGGGCAGGAGCAAAGCAGGGGCAGGGGGGGCAGGCCUUCCUCUUCUUCCUCUUCCUUCUCCUCCUCCUCCUCCUCUUCCUCGCCCUUCCUGGUGUCCUUCCUGGACGUAGCCCUGCUGAACGGACUCUCCCCUCUGAAGGCCUACAGCGUCAGCAGCCCUCCCACCCCUAUCCUGGCCCAGCACUUCCCCCACCUGCCUCUGGCCCACACUAUCCCAACUCAACAGCCCCCAGAACCUCUUCAGGACUGCCUCUUAACUUUCAUCUAUUAGAGCAGAGACCAGGACAUGGGACCCAGCCCGGAGAUCCACCAUGGCUCAGGACCGGACUGUACCAGGCGGGAUCACUACCAGCUUUACCCAGACUGCUGUGGGGACAUUAGGCGAGACACAGCCUGACUGAGCUGAACACUUUCACUCACCCAGCCCAAACCAGCCCAAGCAUCUGCCAAUGUCAGCAGUGUCAAACUCCAAUUCUGGAGGGGCGCAGUGCUUGCAGGUUUAAAGGGAUGCUUACAGUUUCUGAUUGGCUCAGUGUGUUUUUGUGAGAUCAUUUUACAUAUUUAGAUUCUGAAGACCAAUGGCCUUACAAUGUCUGCAGGGGUAUUUCGGAAGCAGCGGUCUGAAGAAAAAAAAAUGCAAUUUAAGUCACUCUAAAGCAGCUUGUAUCAGCGACAUUACACCUCCAGAGGUACGUAUAUAUCAACCAAUUAUUCUUCAAAAAUGACAGGUAAUCUUAUUUUGUGUUGAACUGAGACUUCUGUCCUUAAAGAAAGAAGUAUCAAUAUAAAACUGACAUUUACUGAAUGUUCAUACUUGUGAAAAACUGCUGUAAAAUGAAUCUUCUCAUAUGUACAGUCUCUAAAAAGUUAACAUCCCUGUACAAGCUGCUAUAGAAUUAUCUGAAGAGCUUUUUCUUGCAUAGGCCACAAAACCCAGAGAGCUACGAUACCAGCCUUUGUAACGCUAGUUGGCCACCAGAAACUUCUCUUAUGUAAAAUAUCCUCCCUUGCACAUAAAAACCAUUAUUGGAAAUUGUAGAUGUUAUCAAAUGAUUCCAGCAAGUGAUCUAUUCCUUUAACUACAGUUCUGAAAGCCUGGUGUGUCUGCAGGUUUAACUCCAGUCCUGGAAGAAUGUAGUAAUAACCGUUUCUGAGACAUCUAAUUACUUGCAUGCUCAAAAGUGAAAGCUGCGCCUGUUGUGGAUACUUUGAGCUGAAAGUGCUUUGGCCAGCUGGUUGUCUCACCCUUUCCUGCUUGCUUUGGACGACUGCUCUGGCUAAGCUGCACAGGGCCGGUCUGUGCUCUGCUCUGGUCCUGGUGAGACCUGGAUACUGUGUGUGAGAGAGAAGAUGGAAAGGAGAAGCAGUCUCGCGUUUUAAUGAUUUCAGUACAGAUGGGGGGUGGCAGGUUGGAAUGCGGAGUCUGUUUCCUGCAGGAGGGGAUGACAGCUCUGCUGAUUAAUUCCACUCCCCAUGUGCACUGAUGACAACUGAAGCCAAAGCUUCUGCUGCCCAAGCCGUGUGUCUGUUUGUAUUUGCAUCUGUUCUGAGUUUGAAUUUGAUUUGUAUAUAAUUGUAAUCAUUGUAUCUUGUACACAUGAAUAAAGUUAAUAUUUUCAGUAUGUAACAUUA